AUGGACUCGGAGGAAUGGGAAUUCCUCAGCAACGAAGAGUUCUUCGACUACCCGAUGCUGCGUGAAUCUGAGGAGAGCAUCCCGGAGGUGAAGAAUUCGGAGGAGGAAUUCGUCGGGGAUAACGGAAGGAUCGAGUUCGAGCUACCGGCGGAAGCGGCGGCGGGCCAGGAAGCGCCGCCGUACCAGGCGUUCUUCGGAGGUCCUAGGACGGAUGAACUUGCCGACAUGACCAUGGAGGUGUCCCCGAUGGCUGCUCCUUUCGGGAGCGUCGAUCCUCCGGCGGAGGAUGGAGAAGGGGCCGGGAAAUGCGAGGGGGCUCCAGAUCGGGAGCAGGAAGUGGGGAUCUCGAGUCCGGAGAUCGUCCAGAAGGGAAUACCUGAAGGCUUCGGUCUCCGAGUUUGGAGGUGGAGGAUGACGGCGGUCGGAGCACUGAGCUCAGUAGGAUUCGCCGCCGCCACCGUGGGGGUGUUCCUUCUGAGCGGGCACCAUCGCAUCAAGCACCGCCAGCGUAAUCCAGGGAUUCAGAUUCAGAUCCGUCAUGACGACAAGGUUAGAUCAUUUUUCGAUCUGUGAUUCCGUUCAAAGUAGAGUCCCGCUGUUUGAUUAGCUUAGAGAUUCUCUCUCAGGUCAUCAUCCUCCUUGUUCGAGAGCCAUUUGCCAAAUCCUUCCGUAAACCCUAGUUUAAAUCCCCUUGGGUUCGUCAGACCAGCAAAAGAGCUACCCGCAAGAUCUUGGACCUCUCAUCUUUCUUCUCUCCUCGAUUUUUGAUCAAUUCUAACUUCAUGAAAUAAGGGACACUCCAAAUAGGACCUAUUCUAACCGCAGAAAUUACAAUAAAAAUAUAAACAAUCAUCUGGAUGCGAUUUUUUGUUCACAAGGAUCAGAUAGUAGGAUCUUUCACAGUUCACAGGUUGAUCUUCCUUCAUACGUGAGAGGGCUCACUCAAUCUGAGCUUUUUCUGCUGAUGACCGGUCUUCUACAAUUUUCGUGUGAAGUACGAUUCUCAGUGAGGAGCAUCGAGUCAAACCUUGGAAUUGAUUGCAGCAGGAAAUUUUCAUGCGUGGUUAUGGGCCUCGAAUUUUCAUGUUCUUUUGCAAAUUCGAAUCCUAAAUUGGAUCAAGGUUGGAGUUUUCUAAAUUGUUCAAUGUUUUUAAAAUUCGUCAUAGUUUCUCGGCUUGCUCCUUGCAAUGCAUAAAUUUUAAACGUUUCAUAAUAAAUAUAUUUAUAGGUUAUUUGCUCCCUAAAACUAUAUAUAUAUAUAUUUCUAUGCAUACAGACACUAGUGCGAUGGGCCUGGCCUGAAACAUGAAAAAUGCCCCCAAAAUGAGCCUAGAGAGAGAGAGAGAGAGAGAGAGAGAGAGAGAGAUUGUUCUCUUGAAAGGUAUCCCUUUCGGAGGCGUUUUCACCUGCUUCUGACUCGCUAACGCUCUUCAAUAAUUUCAGGGCAUCAGCGAGAUAAUGACUUCGGCGAUGGAGAUCAAAGGGUUUCCAGCGUCGAGAGCCCUUCUGUCAUUCGGCGGCCGCUAUGAAGCUUCUCCUUGUGGAUGA